GAGUGAGGUCUAAGUGAGUGAAUAAACUUCUAGUCCUCUGGAUUUUCUGUCUCUGUGCCAGUAAUUCUCAUUUGGUCUAACAUUUUUUUAGGCCCCAGUGAGAUUACCAGAUCUCAGAGACAGACUGAGGGUGACUUGCCUCACUCCUGGGCUUCCCUGGGCAUCAAGAUUGGCUCAGGACAGCCUCCCUGGCAUCUUGUUCAGGGCCCCAAGAGCUUGCCGCCAGUGGAGGAGGAUUCGAGGAGACCCUCAGUGGUCUGAGAGAAGUUUAUCAGGAAGACUCCUCUAGAGCCCUGAAGGCAGAAGGAAGAAUCAGCAUUUGCCUAGCCAGAGGAGUGAUAAACAAUGGAUCACAAACAUCUGAGUGUGGCACUAAAUGAUGGUCAUGUCAUUCCUGUCCUGGGAUUCGGCACCGCUCUACAUAGCAAGGUCCCUAAGAGUAAGACAGUGGAGGUCAUCAAAUUAGCGAUUAAUGCUGGGUUCCGCCAUUUUGAUUGUGCAUACUGUUAUCGAAAUGAAGAGGAAGUAGGACUGGCCAUCAGAAGCAAGAUUGAGGAUGGCACUGUGAAGAGGGAGGACAUAUUCUACACUUCAAAGCUUUGGCCCACAUUCAGUAGACCAGAGUUGGUCCAACCAGCCUUGAAAAUGUCACUGAAAAAGCUACAACUGGACUACAUUGACCUGUAUCUUAUUCAUUUCCCAACACCUGUUCAGCCUGGGGAGGAUUUGUUACCCAAAGACGAACAUGGAAAACUAUUAUGUGACACGGUGGAUCUCUGUGAUACGUGGGAGGCCAUGGAGAAGUGUAAGGAGCUGGGAUUGGCCAAGUCCAUUGGGGUGUCCAAUUUUAACCGCAGGCAGCUGGAGAUGAUCCUGAAUAAGCCAGGGCUCAAGUACAAGCCUGUCUGCAACCAGGUGGAGAGCCAUCCUUAUCUCAACCAGAGCAAGCUGCUGGAUUUCUGCAAGUCUAAAGACAUUGUGCUGGUUGCCUAUAGUGCUCUGGGAACUACACGAGAUAAAAUAUGGGUGGACCAGAGCUCCCCGGUUCUCUUGGAAGAUCCAGUUCUUUGUGCCCUGGCAAAAAAGCACCAGCGAUCUCCAGCCCUGAUUGCCCUUCGCUACCAGCUGCAGCGUGGGUUUGUGGUCCUGGCCAACAGCUCGAGUGAGAAGCGGAUCAAAGAAAACACACAGGUUUUUGAAUUCCAGUUGACUUCAGAGGAUAUGAAAAUUUUAGAUGGCCUGAACAGAAAUUUUCGAUAUAAUGCAGCUAAUUAUUUUGCUGGUCACCCCAACCACCCGUUUUCUGAUGAAUAUUGACCCGGGGACCUUCGUCCUGACUUCUCUCAGAAGCCCGUGCUUCAGUGAUGCAGGAGGCAUUUCAGACACAGCUUUCUGGACACAGCACUUCUUGUCUUUGGAUGCCAAUUGUCAACUCACACACAGCUGAUGCCAAAUCCACAGGGCUGGAAGGGAAGAUACUCAUCUAUCACACCCAAAAGAAUGAUAUAAAGUUGAUUGUCAUAAUGAUUCA